UCAGGCUCAGCACUGCAUGAAGAAUACCAACUGUGCUAAGGUACACGCAAUAAUCACAAUUUAGGCAGUUGAUAACAAAAUGACAGUAAGCAGCAUCUGGGUUUGCUUAUAAAAUCUAACUUAAAAGAAAAGUAUCAAAUCAGUUGCAUAGUGUAAUUACUUCUCAUGGACAGGAAGCCUCAUGUGAUAGCUAUUCCUUGCGCGGCACAGAGCCAUGUCGCAUCUCUCGUCAAGUUGGCUUACAAAUUAGCUGAACAUGAAAUCAAGGUCACUUUUGUUAACGCAGAUUUUGUGCAUGCCAAAAUCAUGGCUGCUCUUCCUCUAGAAUUUCAGCAGCAAAAUCAGAUACGCUUUGUUUCAAUUCCUGAUGGAUCAGAAUCGGAUGAUGAUAGGAAUGAUUCUAUCAAGCAUAAUCAGAGUAUACUUCGAGUUAUGCCUGGUCAUCUCCAGAAUUUGAUUGAGAAAAUUAAUCAGUCAGGGGAUGAUGAACAGAUCACUUGUGUAAUUGCUGAUAUUACAGCGGGGUGGGCACUGGAAUUAGCCAUGAGUAUGAGCAUCAAGAGAGCUGCGUUUUUGCCUGCCGGACUUGGAAACUCGGCUUUGGCGCUCCACAUUCCCAAACUAAUUGAGUCGGGAGUUAUCGAUGUUAAUGGAAUGCCAAUUAGAGACGAGAUGAUCGUCUUGUCAAAGGACAUCCCUGCUUGGAGUCCUAGAAAUGUGACAUGGAGCUGCCCAGGUAACCCUGAGUUUCAGAAAUUUCUCUUUCAAUGUUAUUCUACCAAGGUUUCCGAAUAUGUGAUGAUUUCCGAUUGGACUAUUACUGACUCAUUCUAUGAACUCGAGCAACCUGCCUAUAACUUGAUUCCCAAUGUCCUCCCUGUUGGUCCACUCACAAGCACUCGUAUGAUACAUAAUCCUGGAAGCUUUUGGCCUGAGGAUCAAACUUGCUUAAGCUGGUUGGAUGAGCAGCCUACUGGUUCAGUCAUUUAUGUUGCAUUUGGCAGUUUAAGAUUAUUCAGCAAGCAAGAACUAGAUGAAUUAGCACUUGGUCUUGAACUCGUAGGCCAACCAUUUCUUUGGGUUGUUAGACCACAAAUCAUGAAUGGGAUGCGUGCAGAAUUCCCAGAUGGGUUCAUGGAGAGAGUUGCAGAUCGGGGAAAAAUAGUCGAGUGGAGCUCACAGGAGAAAGUGUUGUGUCAUCCUAGUAUUGCAUGUUUCUUGAGCCAUUGUGGAUGGAAUUCUAUAAUGGAGGGACUAAGCAAAGGGAUUCCGUUUCUUUGUUGGCCUUUCUUUGCAGAUCAAUUACAUAAUAGAGAUUACAUAUGUGAAACUUGGAAGAUUGGUUUAAGUCUGAGUCCAGAUCAACAUGGGACCGUAACAAGGCAUGAAAUAGAGACAAAAAUAAGAGCACUGAUUUCAGAUGAUGCUAUAAAAGCAAAUGCCCUUAAUCUGAAGGAAAUGGCAAGCAAGAGUGUUGCUGCAGGUGGAUCUUCUUUCAAGAAUUUUCAAGCCUUUGUCGAACAAUUACGAAGUUCCUGCUAACCAGGUUUAAUAAAAUGGUAAAUAUUUGUAUUCAGUGUCAGCUUAUGAACUUCUGGAUUGUAUCUUUCAUUUCUCAAAUUUAUAUGCUGCCUUUUCUGACCAUUUUAUCUUCAUCUCCAGUGACAACUACAAGAUUUGUUUAAUGAUAUGCAGCAAUCAACCCAACGCGGCUAAGAACCAUUAAAUGAUGAGGUGCGGGUGUUUCUGUAUAUAGAAAAGAAAAAAUUCUGUAACAAAGAAGCUGCCACUAGA